GCGCUCCGCGCUCCGGCGGGGCCGACCGCGCCCAAGCCCGGCCAUGCGGCCCCCGGGGCUCUGCGGGGCGGCUCGGCUCGCGGCGGCCGCGGUCCUGGUGCUGGGGGCGCCGCUGGCGCUGGCGGCCGAGGACUGCCUGUGGUACCUGGACCGCAACGGCUCGUGGCAUCCGGGCUUCAGCUGCGAGUUCUUCACCUUCUGCUGCGGGACCUGCUACCAGCGCUACUGCUGCCGGGACCUGACCUUGCUCAUCACCGAGAGGCAGCAGAAGCACUGCCUGGCCUUCAGUCCCAAGACCAUAGCCGGCAUCGCCUCCGCGGUGAUCCUCUUCGUGGCGGUGGUGGCCACCACCAUCUGCUGCUUCCUGUGCUCCUGCUGCUACCUGUACCGCCGGCGCCAGCAUCUGCAGAGCCCGUUUGAAGGCCAGGAGAUCCCAAUGACAGGCAUCCCAGUACAGCCAGUGUACCCAUACCCCCAGGACCCCAAAGCUGGCCCCGUGCCCCCGCAGCCUGGCUACGUGUACCCUCCUAGUGGUCCUGCUCCCCAGUAUCCACUCUACCCGGCUGGACCUCCUAUCUACAACCCUGCAGCUCCUCCCCCCUACAUGCCACCACAGCCCUCCUACCCGGGAGCCUGAGGAACCAGCUGUCUGCUGCCCCUUCAGCGAUGCCCCCUCUCCUGUAUCUGCAUCUGGCCCUGGGGGGGGGGGGCAAGGCUCCUCUACUCAGCAGGCCGCAGCCCAAGCCAAGCCCUGGGUCCUCGGGGCGAUGGAGCGCCACCCAGGGAAGUAGACCAGGAGCUGAGCUGGACCUUGGCCGCGAAGGAGAGGGGUGGGGAGGGCUUGGGAUCCGUGGACUGUUUUUACCUGGGCCUAGAGAAGGACACGAAAGCCUGGGUCAAGGCCCCUGCUGUUUUGGAGUCCCUCUAGGUCCCGGGUCCCAGCCAGGCACUCUGGGCCCGUCCUGCUUGCUCACCGCAGGCUGGAGCGGGCCAGGGAGUGGGCUCCCUCGGCGGUGGGCGCAAGCCCUCUCCCGGCUGCCCCUGGCUGGAGCCCCGACCUGCUGGAUUAAAGCUGUAAAGCUGUA